AUGCUUCGCUGCUCUUCUUACCAGCAAAAAGAACAACUUUUAUGUUCAAGGAUUCAAAGUAAGACUGUGGCACAGUGUGUGGAGUACUACUACUCCUGGAAAAAAGAACGUAGGAUUGCUCCCCCUCCUGCUCAGACUGUGGGCAGACCAAAGAGGAGCAAAAACCCUCCCAAGGAGGAGAAUGGGGAGAUGGAGAAGAGAGGCCGAAGAAGGCCCCGCAGCACUGUGUGUCCAUGCUGCAAACCGCCACAGCCACCCCGCUCAGCAGGAGGCCUGUUUCCAUGGUGUUUGAAACAAUGAAGGAAAGGAACAGACAUGAGAGAAGGCAUUGCCCACAGAAGGAAGAUGAGCCUCACCCCAAGAAGAAAAAACCAAAUUAGGGGUUGUCUGGGGCUAGCAAGAGUUAGAUGUAAAUAGGAAUUGAUGUAAAUUAGAUUGGUUUUUAAGGUUUUAGGGUUGAAGUUUUUUCCUGUUUAGUUUAUUAGAAAGAGAUUUUGAUUAGUUACUGUAAGAGGUUUGGUGUU